AUGGCCGCAAUCAUUUACUGUCUCCUUAUCGGUAUAACAUCAGCAUCAGGUCCACUGUCCUACAUGACCAACAUUCUAAAAUACUACCAACAGUACCCACCAUUUCCCGGUCUGCUAAACAAAGAACCCUCGCUGCUCAACAAUUACGACUUCAUAAUAAUUGGCGCAGGUUCGGGAGGUUCAGUUCUCGCUAACCGACUCAGUGAAGUACCGCACUGGAAAAUCUUACUCCUAGAGGCUGGUAGAGACGAGAUAUUCCUUACCGACAUCCCCCUGCUAGCUGCGGCGAUGCAGCUGACGCCAUACAACUGGGGCUACCGCACAGAACCAAAUUCCGAGUUCUGCCGAUCAAUGACAGAAGGUCGCUGCAACUGGCCACGUGGCAAAGCCGUUGGAGGAACUUCUGUCAUCAACUUUAUGAUCCAUUCCCGCGGAUUGCCUCGGGACUAUGACCAAUGGGCUGCCUUGGGCAAUAGAAGAUGGCGGUACCGUGACGUCGCUCAAUAUUUCGCUAAAUCUGAGCGAUUCGUCGAUUCAAUGGGCCACAAUCGGUUGAACUCCUCAGUUUAUGGUCAAGAUGGCUUUCUGGAUGUCACUUCAGUCCCCUGGAGAUCGAAGUUGCGUGACAGGUUUCUAAAAGCGGGCCAAGAACUCGGGUAUAACCUCAAAGACUGCAAUGACGCGACUCCAACGGGUUUCUGCCCAGUAGCCGUCAAUCUACGUCACGGAAGACGACUCAGUGCUGCUAAAGCUUACCUGAGACCUGUCAGAAACCGACCCAACCUCCAUGUGUCUAGAAAUUCACAAGUUACCCGCGUGAUUAUUGAUGAAAACUCUAAAGUUGCUCGAGGCGUCGAGUUUGUCAAAGAUGGCCGGCGGAUGAAAGUAAUGGCUACUAAAGAAGUUCUAUUGGCGGCAGGAAGCUUGAACUCUCCACAGAUUCUCAUGCUCUCUGGUGUUGGUCCAAAGAACCAUCUUGAGAACUUGAGAAUUGAGGUUUUGGCCGAUCUGCCGGUUGGUAGGAAUCUGCAGGACCAUGUCAGUAUGGCGGCGCUGACCUUCCUCGUAAAUGAUACUGUUUCUAUUGUUGAAUCCAGGAUUGCGACUAACUUCAAGGACACUUUUGACUACUUAGCUUACGGACAAGGACCUUUUACUGCGCCAUCCGGCGCCGAAGCGCUGGCUUUUGUGAAUACGAAAAGCGGCGAGGGAAGAUAUAGUAAAAAAAAUAAUCUAAGCUUAGACGUCACCAAUGAAGCAGAGAGUUCAAAAAUUGAAGAACCAGACAUUGAAUUAGUUUUCGGAAUUGGAUCAAUGGCCGGUGAUUUAUCAGGCACUCUUCGAAGUAUUUUCUCCCUCCCUGACUCCUGGUACCGUGAAGUAUUUGGCGAUUUUAUCGGCAGAGACGGAUUCAGCAUUGUUCCUAUACUCUUACACCCGAAAAGCCGCGGAAGCGUCACUUUGCAGAGUAAAAAUCCUUUCGACGCGCCAAUUUUUAACCCAAACUACUUCGAAAAUGAGGAAGAUCUAAAAACACUUGUCAGAGGGAUCAAAAAGGCUUUGGAAAUUGCGGAAACUGAAGCUUUUAAGAAAUACAACGCGACUCUGUUACCGGUAAAGUUUCCUGGGUGUAAAAAUAUUGAUUCGGGAACUGACGAGUACUGGGAGUGUGUCUGCAGGCAGAUUUCCACGACACUCGGGCAUUUUGUGGGCACCUGCAAAAUGGCGCCGAAGGAACAAGAUGGUGUUGUUAAUGAUGAACUUAAGGUGUAUGGUAUUGAAAGGUUAAGAGUAGUCGACGCUAGUGUAAUCCCUAAUUUGAUUUCGGGACACACUAAUGCGCCGACUUAUAUGAUCGGGGAGAAAGCUAGUGAUAUGAUCAAAGAAGAGUGGUUGAAUAAGUAA